AUGGCAACGGAUCCGAGGCAGUUGGAGAAGAUGUCACUAGAGGAUGACAUGCGAGCACUAUUGGGCGUGGAUCGUGCAGAUUUGGGGCAGGGGGAGCAUGUUGGAGAGGUUGCCAGAGAUUCUAUGUGGUACAGAGGGCAUGGUUUGUUGGGUGUGGCAGCUUUGGCUCAUUUGCAGGAGUUUGGUCCGCCAACUAGGGAGGCUCAAUGUUACCUUCUUCUGCUGCUGGGGUCCACACUGUUCAUAGAUAAGAGUAAGGACCGCGUUUCUUCUAUUAUCAACUUGUUCGUGAAGAGGUUGGAGAUGCUGGGACAGUAUGCUAGCUUAUUAUCGUCAGGCGAUUGA